AUGGGCAUGGUACUGGAAACCGAACACACCAGCGAGCCUAAGCUUCUGUCACUGGAAGAGUACCAGCUGCUGCUAUUGAAACCACUGCACUCUCUGCACUCAUGUAAGGACGAUGAGAAGCUGGAUGCUCCCAAGAAAUACUUUGAAUCUGACGCUGGUGAUGGCACCCGCGCCGUCGACCAGUAUCUCCAUGGGCCCCGGCUUAUAUUGACGUUCGUUCUGUGUGUGUUGCUGUUGUUUCUACUGGCUCUCGACCAAACUAUUGUCUCCACUAUUUUGGGUGAAGUGGGGCAAGUGUUUCACGAGUACGACAAAGUAAUAUGGUUGACGCUGGCUUUCCUUCUUCCAAUGGCGUGUUUGAUUCCUCUGUAUGGGAAGCUCUCAUUGGCUUUUGGUCGCAAAUGGACUUUAGUUGGAGGCAUCGUCAUCUUUGAAGUGGGGUCUCUUGUGGCUGCGUUAGCUAAGAACAUGGACAUGUUGAUUGGCGCUCGGGUGAUCCAAGGUGUGGGUGCGGGUACCAUCCAGACGUCGGUGACCAUCAUCUUGACCGAGCUGGUCCCGAUAUCGCGCCGCCCGCUUUCAUUUAUUCUUAUUGGGGUCACAUUUACGAUUGCCCUGGUGCUUGGUCCAUUUAUCGGGGGGGCAUUUGCCAAUAACGUGUCGUGGAGAUGGUGUUUCUACAUCAACUUGCCCAUUGGCGGAGCCGCGUUGGCGGUGCUCGUUGUCCUGUUUCGGCCUCCACCUCCUACCGGGUCGCUCAAAGUGAAACUUGGGCGUAUAGAUUUCAUUGGUACAUUCUUCUUGACGGUGUCGACAGUGUUGCUCUUGCUUGCCAUUUCAUUUGGUGGCGUCGCGUUCCCCUGGCGGCUGGCAGCCGUCAUUUGUUGCUUUGUCAUCGGUGGGGUAAUGGGCAUUGUAUUCGCCGUGUGGAACUUUGUGUGGCUGAAACACCCACUUAUCAUUGUUGAGAACUUGACGAUCGUACCGGUAUUGGCAGCGGCGUUGCUGGCGGCGUUUAACUUUGGGUUUUUCAUGGCCCUCGUCACCUUUUUGGCGAUUUACUUCCAAAUGAUUUACGACGCCUCCCCUUGGCAAACGGGGCUCUACUUGUUGCCAUUAGUGAUUUCGGUGGUGGUACUGCUGAUGGCUAACGGGAUGUUCCUUCGUAAUAUUCGUCGGAUUAAAAUCACGAUGAUGUUUUCGCUGAUCUGUGGUCCCAUCGGUUGUGGGAUUUUAUUGCUUCUCGGACCCAAGAAAGACAUUGGACAAUUGAUUGGUCUUUUAAUCCCCGCAGGGAUCAGUAUUGGGCUCCAGUUCCAACUGUCGCUCAUAUCCGCUCAGAUCCUGGCUCCCAAUAACGUGGAGGGGCUGGUGAUCCAGGUGACGACGUUCUUGUCGUUUGUGAAAACAUUUAUGGGUGCAUUAGCCAUCAAUAUCUCCCAGCUCAUCUUCCAAAAUACGGGGCUCAGUUCCUACAAUAGCUUUGUCCGCACCUUUGAUCCGUCUAGUCCCGAAUACCAGACGUUACUGCGAUACCCAGGGAAGCUGAUCUUGCUGUCGCCGACAGCGAUGAACCUGUUGCCCGAGCCCCUUCGACAACUGGUGAAGCUUAUCUUUAUUGAUGCCCUUCAUAAUGUGUUUUACUUCUCGUUGGCGAUGCUGAUAGUGGCUUUAAUUGCCAGUGUGUUCACUACGAACAAGAAGGUGCCGAAGGACGAUGAAGUGCAAAUGGAACUUGAGGAAGAGAUCGAAGAACUCGAACAUGAUGACGUAGCCUCAACGGUACAACAAACGAACUCAGUACCGGUUGAACCCCCUAAAUAG